CAGGAAGUAGAUUGUCAGACAGAACUAAAGGAGCCAUGUUGAAUUUACAGCUACACCUAGACUUGGUUAAGUGAGAAUAUUAAUGGAUCCCCUGGACAGAGCUCAAGUACUCCUCCUUUGUGACCUGUGUCAAAGAGCUGCAUUACAGAGUCAUUGUGAACUUUGUCAGGUUAACCUGUGUAAGGCCUGUGUAGGGGAGCAUCUCUCUGAUUCAUCCAAACGACAUAAUGUUGUACCAUAUAAACACAGAACUUCUACACCUAACUACCCAGACUGUCCAAACCAUUCCCAGAAACAUUGUGAACUUUACUGUGAGAAAUGUGACAUUCCUGUCUGUACUAUCUGUAUCUCCUCUGAUAAACAUCAUGGGCAUAUAUUUACAGAUGUUCUGAAAAAACUAAGUUCUAAAACAAAGGGUUUAGAAAAAGACUUGGAAGAAUUAGAGAAAAGAAUCUACCCCACAUAUGAAGAAAUAGCACUAGAUAUAAACUCUCUCAAAGUAAACUCUGAAAAACAUUAUGAGAAACUGACAACAGCUGUCACCAAACAAGGAGAAGACUGGCACAGAGUAAUUAACAUCAUUGUCAACAGAAGAAAAUCUGAAAUUGAUGAGAUGAAGAAAAGACACCUUACUGUUCUACACAAACAGGAAAAAGAAAUCAUACAGAUUAUAUCUGAAGUAAAACAGAGCAUACUUGAUCUGAAGAAAACGCUGGAUUCCAAUGAUGUCUCCUUAACCUCUGCUUACAAAUCCAGGAAUGCUGAAUUCAGAAGUUUACCUCCUAAAGUCAAUGUUUCAUUACCAAGUUUCUCUCCUCAUCAGAUCAACACAGAACAGCUCCAUCAGAUGUUUGGUUCUCUGUCAGCAUUAUCCAUUACAACAGACGAACAUGGCUACACAAUGAAGACACCAGAAACUGUAUCCUGUCCCCAAGUUAAAGCACUGUUUGAUAAACCAGAGCUUAUCUUCUCUUUAGACAUGGAGUGUAGAUAUCUGACGAGUGUUAAUUGUUUCAGUGAUGAAGAAAUCUGGACAAGUGGCAAUGGCAAAAUCAUGCAACUCUACAACAUCCAGGGCAAACUACUGAAAUCCAUCCAAACCAGGUCUGGGAACCAUCCAUGUGACAUAGCAGUGACAAGGAGUGGAGAUCUAGUUUAUACUGACCAAGGUACAAGAACUGUAAAUGUAGUGAAGAAUAAACAGAUACGGGAAGUGAUCAGACUACAGGGGUGGAUACCCUACAACAUCUGUAGUACCUUUUCUGGUGACCUCCUGGUUUCCAUGGAAAGUGAUGAUGAUACACAAUCAAAAGUUGUCCGUUACUCUGGCUCCACAGAGAAACAAACCAUUCAGUUUGAUGAUAAAGGUAAACCUCUCUAUUCAUCUGGUUAUUUUAAAUACAUCAGUGAGAACAGGAAUCUGGAUAUUUGUGUGGCUGACAAUAAGGGUGCAGUAGUGGUGGUUAAUCAAGCUGGAAAACUGAGAUUUAGAUACACUGGUCAUCCCCCUACUACCAAGGGAUCAUUUAAUCCACGCGGCAUCACAACAGACAGCCAGAGUCAGAUCCUGACAGUUGAAAGUAACAACCACUGUAUCCACAUCCUAGAUCAGGACGGACAGUUCCUCCGUUACAUUGAUAACUGUCAUCUAUACAAUCCAUGGGGUUUAUGUGUAGAUAGCAGAGACAACCUCUUUGUAGCCGAAAUAUUAAUGGAUCCCCUGGACAGAGCUCAAGUUCUCCUCCUUUGUGACCUGUGUCAAAGAGCAGCGUUACAGAGUCAUUGUGAACUUUGUCAGAUUAACCUGUGUAAGGCUUGUGUUGGGGAGCAUCUCUCUGAUUCAUCAAAAAGACACAAGGUUGUACCUUACAAACACAGAACUUCUGCUCCUUAUAAUUAUCCAAAAUGUCCAUACCAUACCGAGAAUCACUGUGUAUCUUACUGUGAGAAAUGUGACAUUCAUGUCUGUUCUACCUGCAUCUCCUCUGAUAAACAUCAUGGACAUAAAUUUACAGAUAUUCUGAAAAAACUAAGCUCUAAAACAAAGGAUUUAGAGAAAGACUUGGAAGAAUUAGAGAAAAGAAUCUAUCCAACAUACGAAGAAAUAACACUAGAUAUAAACUCUCUAAAAGUAAACUCUGAAAAACAUUAUGAGAAACUGACAACAGAUGUCACCAAACAAGGAGAAAAUUGGCACAGAGAAAUUAACAUCAUUGUCAACAGAAGAAAAUCUGAAAUUGAUGAGAUGAAGGAAAGACACCUAACUGUUCUAAACAAACAGGAAAAAGAAAUUAAACACAUUACUUCUGAAGUAAAGCAGAGUGUUUUGGAUCUGAAGAAAAUGCUAGACUCCAAUGAUGUCUCCCUAAUCUCUGCUUACAAAUCCAGGAAUGUUAAAUUUAGGAGUUUACCUCCAAAAGUCAAUGCUUUAUUACCAAGUUUCUCUCCUCAUCAGAUCGACACAGACCAAUUUAAUAAAAUGUUUGGUUAUCUGUCAGCAUUAUCCAUUACAACAGAAGAACAUGGCUACACAAUGAAGACACCAGAAGAUGUAUCCUGUCCUCCAGUCAAUCCACUGCUUGAUAAACCAGAGCUUAUCACCACCAUAGACACUGGGUAUAUGUUACAAUGCAGUGUUACCUGUCUCAGUGAUGAAGGAAUAUGGACACAUGGCUAUGACAAAAUCAUGAAACUCUACAGCUUCCAGGGUGAACUACUGGGGUCAAUUCAAACCAAGUCAGGGAACAAUCCACGUGACAUAGCUGUGACAAAUAGUGGAGAUCUAGUUUAUACUGACCCUGAUACAAGAACUGUAAACAUAGUGAAGAAUAAAAAGAUACAAGUAGUGAUCAGACUACGGGGGUGGACUCCUUGCUAUGUCUGUAGUACCUCCUCUGGUGACCUCCUGGUUACCAUGGACAGUGAUGAUAAAAAACAAUCAAAAGUUGUCCGUUACUCUGGCUCCACAGAGAAACAAACCAUUCAGUUUGAUAGUAAAUAUAAACCUCUCUAUUCAUCUGGUUACAUGAAACACAUCAGUGAGAACAGGAACCUUGAUAUCUGUGUGGCUGACAAUGGGGUCAGUGCAGUAGUGGUGGUUAAUCAGGCAGGAAAACUCCGAUUUAGAUACACUGGUCAUCCAACUACCAAGGGACCAUUCUGUCCACUUGGCAUCACAACUGACAGCCAGAGUCAAAUCCUGAUUUCAGACAGUGACGACCACAGUAUCCACAUCCUAGAUCAGGACGGACAGUUUCUCCGUUACAUUGAUAACUGUUAUCUACACCAUCCAUGGGGUUUAUGUGUAGACAGCAGAGACAACCUCUUUGUGACUGAGUGGGGCCGUGGUAAAGUGAAAAAAAUCAAAUAUAUGUAAAUACUUCAUUGUAACUGAAAGUUUAUGUCACUGAGAUACAUACCAA